AUGGUAGAAGUACAGUCAGAGAUGAGGCAUGACCAGCAUGUAAUCGAGAACGACUCUCAAGUAAAUCCCGAUACCUCCAGCACGUUUCUAUCUGAGGAGUUAUCAACGAUCAAUACUCAGUUACUGAAUCAUGGCUGGGCUAAGAAACCGCUCAAUCUCACCUCAUUGAGUGAGAAAAACUACAAUGAGGUAGUAUCUGUUUUAUACGAUUUAUUGGGCUCUAGCGUGACAAACAUAAAUACACUUGAUUCAAUGGCGACUAGACACCGAACGUUACAAUACGAGUAUGAAAGAUUGUCGAAAACAAAUAGUAGUUUCAAGAAUACAAAUAUCAAACUACAACAAGAGACAAACGCGUGGAAAGUACGUUGUUUGGAAAUUGAAAAGAGAUUAAACAAUGAAGAGAUCAAGACGAAAGAACUGAGAGAAGAAAUUGGAAGAGGAAGGAAAGCGAUCGAAAGUGUUAGAGUAGCUGCUACUCACGAGACUAAGAAAAUACAAAUGAAACUUGAUAAAGCACUUUUACAACUAUCGAAACAAAGUGAAUCACAAAAUCAAAAAACAUCUUCAUCGUCGUCAGGGUUGAUUUUACUCAAUCCUAUACCUGCAGGAAGGAUCCAACCCAUUGCAUCGACCGCAUCGCCUUUGCUUGAACAGACAUUGCGUGAUCUCACUGAUAUGAGAGAGAGUCUACAAGAAGAAACCGAAGCGUUCAGACACGUAGUCGUAUCUACUGGUAACGCUUUAAGAGAAGCUAUCGCAGCUUCUCAAGGAAAAGAUGCACCUGCAAGAUUGAUGCAAUCUCAAUUCUUCACCUUGAAUAACAAUUCAUUGAAACAAUCCCAUCAAUCACAGACAUAUACAUUUCAAUCUUCUUCAUCAACCUCACAUCCUUCAAUUGCUCAAACACGAUUGCAAUCACUCAUAUUUGAAAUCCGUGAGAAAUUAAUGGAAAAUGCUCCUCCACCCGUGCCCUCGAAUGGUAUUUACGGUCCUACACCGGAAGAGAUUGAAGAUAACAAAAGGAUUGAGAGGGAACAAGAGAAAAUGAAAAGGGAUCUGGAAGAUAGGGUUAAAGAUCUAGAAGUUGAGCUGAUUUGCUUGAGGAAAAAAGAGGACGAAGCUAGUAGAGUGUUACAGGAGAUGGCUAGAAAGGAAUUGGAAGCGGCCACGGCCAAAGGGGACAUGGAAGGUGUUCUUGCCAAACAAUUAGAAAUAAUGGAGAUUGAACGUAAAGCUGUGGUAGAUAACCGAGAAAGACUGGACAAGGAAAGGAGGCAAUUGGAGAUUGAAAAACAAACUUUUUUGGAGGAGAAAAGGCAAUCUGAGCUAGAUGCCGUUUUAGCUUUGUUACCGACAACUCCGCUUGACGACCCACAAUCGGAUCAGGUUGAGAUUCACCAGGACAUUCGAGAUCUUAUACCUUCUUCACCUGGACCCUCAACUUGGCAUCCCCAUUUACCUCAUUCUCCAUCCCCUCUAUCUCCUAUGCCACAUCAUAACGUUAAACCUAGAACACCGAAAAAUCAUAGUCAUACUCAUACCGCCAACAGAAGGAAAUCGAUGAAAACUCCAUUGUCCAGAUUAGUUUUGGAAAAAGCUGUGAGACAAAAAAGUAAAGAGACUAUCUCUGAGCGUGAACGCGAAAAGGGACAAUUGAAAGCUAGUUUGAAUUCGAGUGUACUAGGCCCAGAUAGAGGUAGGAAGACAAAUCUGGUCUCCUCUUCGUCAUCAAUUGGAAGAGUAAUGUCACCUUCUAGAAAAGACAAAGAAAGAUCGAUAGGUCUAGGGUCAUUUCCUAAAUCCACUGAUCAAGGUAGACAAAGCUCCACAUCGUCGUCAAAAGCAAGAUCAAGCUCGGGUAGUUCAACCUCAACUUCGAUAGCGAACCCAUCGAAAGGUCCUACACCGAGACUACCAUCGACACUGAAACCAUCGAAUGGAGUCGCAGGAUUGAGGACUUCCACCUCGGGAACGACAAUGGGAUCGACUUCGAGAAAGAUGGAUCUGAAUCAAGCGGGUGGGAUAGGUCCAAUGGCUGCUAGAAAGUCUAAAGGUGCUUGGAGAUGA